AUGACAGGUGCGGAGCAUGAAACCGUUGGCAAGUUACCAUUUGCUGCUGUGGCUGCUCCAGAAUCAUAUCAAAGCGCCGAGGACCAUGGAACUCUUGAAACUGGAACUAUAGGGACUGCGCCUUCAUCAUAUUCUCAACAUGCACUUCGACGAGAUACGGGACCACCUGCCACGAGGAAAGAACUUUGGUCAUACUAUGCAUACUAUGCGGGAAACAACGGAAUUGGCUCUUUUCAAUACUCAAGUCUCCUCUUUCAAAAUUUGAUAUACCAGGCCGGUUUUAAUCCAAAUAUUCUACCAUUGGGUAGCGCACCUUGCAGCGAUGAUAGUGCUUGUCAUGUCUUCUGGAAUGGAGGAACAAAAGAAUAUACGUCGGUGGUUCUGAUAGGAACAGGAUUGACCUUCGUUUCGCAAGCCGUACUCUUCCUUUCGAUUGGAAGUUUGGCGGAUUUCGGAAAUUGGAACCCAUGGGUUGUUAGAAUAUUCUCCCUUCUAACGUUCGCUUUCGAGUUCGGAUUUUUAGGAGUACAACAUGCAUCCCAAUGGAGAAUUGCUAUGGCUCUUUACAUUCUUAGUAGUGUCACUUGGUGGGCUUCCUAUGUUUUCUUCAACGCGAUAUUUCCCAAACUUGCCCACGAUCUCCCCGAAAUCCACAAAGCGAAAGACGAUUAUACACAUGGUGCAUUGACAAAGAUAGAAUAUGAAUACAAGUGCUCAAUGGCAAGGUCGAAAGUCAUGAACAUUAGUUAUGGGUGGAAUAAUGUUGGUUUCACAAUAUGCGGUGCUUUAGCAUUGGCAGCUUUAGCGGGAGUUGGUGCAAACGACUCUACACAACAAAACAAUUGGGGAUAUUCUGUCUCCGUCGCUGUCACCACUGGAUGGUGGAUAAUUCUUGCCAUUCCAUGGUUUAUCUGGGAAAAGAAACGACCUGGACCACCUCUACCCAAAGGAGAGAAUUACCUUUCUUUUGGCUUCAAGCAAGCUUACUUUGCCUUAAAACAGGUAUGGAAGUUGAAACAAACUUUCUUCUAUCUGAUUGCAUUUUUCCUAUUGGCAGAUGGAUUGGCCACAUUACUCACACUUAUAUCAAUUGCACAAACACAAGUUGUACUGUUUUCCGCGACACAGAAUACCUAUCUCAUCAUGGUUCAAGGUGGCUCAACUACAGUGGGAGUCUUCGGCGCCUAUUAUCUUCAAGAGAAAUUCAAGCUCCGUACCAAGUCAAUGCUUCAAUUUUGCAACUGUGGUUGCGUACUCAUUGCUCUGUGGGGAAUGGUAGGUAUCUGGACCACCAAGUUUGGAUUCCAUAACGAAUGGGAGUUCUGGCUUUUUCAAACACAAUAUGGACUUACCCUCGGCGCCCAAUUUCCAUACGGUCAAGCAUUUAUGGCAGAGCUGGUGCCCAAAGGAAGAGAGUACUUAUUCUUCAGUCUUCUGGGUAUUGUAUCAAAAGGAUCAGCAUGGAUUGGACCAAUUGUUUCAAGUGCUAUUGUCGAUCAUAACGGAAGUCAAUGGGCAGCUUUUCCUUUUGUGGCUGCUUUGAUCUUUGUCCCUACUGUUGCAAUCUUUUGGAUUAGUGAGACGAAGAGUAGAGUGGAAUGUGCAGAGUACUUGGAAAGAGAAAAGACUGAUUUGCAGAAGGUUAGAGAUAGAGAGACGUAUACAGGUAGAUCUGGUUCUACAGAGAGUAGUAGUGGGAGGUUAGAUAAGACUACUUGA